CCCGUCCCGGCAUCCCCCGCUCGGCUGCGCUCGGCUGCGCUCGCACCAUGGCUGCCUACAGCAAGUAUCUGACCGUGCGCCACUCCGCCGUGGCCGGGGCCGCCGCCGCCUGCGCGCUCCUGUGCCUACUCAGCAAGCGGCGGGCGGCGCAGCACGGUAAAAGAAGUGGAAAACAAGCAUUGCAGAACAAUGAGCAGAAAGAGGGAAAGAAGGAGCGAGCAGUGGUGGACAGAGUUUUUAUUGCAAGAAUAUGUCGAAUCCUGAAAAUAAUGGUCCCUAGAACACUUUGUAAAGAGACAGGUUAUUUGCUGCUUAUUGCUGUGAUGCUGGUAGUCCGCACAUAUUGUGAUAUUUGGAUGAUUCAAAAUGGAACAGUUAUUGAAAGUGCUAUCAUUGGCCGCAGCAGAAAAGACUUCAAGAAGUACUUGUUCAACUUCAUCGCCGCAAUGCCUGCUAUCUCUUUAGUGAAUAACUUCCUGAAGUAUGGUCUAAAUGAGUUGAAACUUUGCUUCCGAGUAAGGCUUACCAGAUACCUUUAUGAGGAAUAUCUUAAAGCUUAUACAUAUUACAAAAUGGGAAACCUAGACAACAGAAUAGCUAAUCCAGAUCAGCUUCUCACACAGGAUGUGGAAAAAUUCUGUAACAGCGUAGUGGACCUGUACUCAAACCUUAGCAAGCCCUUCUUGGAUAUAGUUUUGUAUAUCUUCAAGCUAACAAGUGCAAUAGGAGCUCAGGGUCCAGCUAGCAUGAUGGCCUACUUGAUUAUUUCGGGGUUUUUCCUUACCCGGUUAAGGAGACCAAUUGGCAAGAUGACUGUUAUAGAACAAAAAUAUGAAGGGGAGUACCGAUAUGUCAACUCACGGCUUAUUACAAACAGUGAAGAAAUUGCUUUUUAUAAUGGAAACUUGAGAGAAAAGCAGACUAUUCACAAAACCUUCCGUAAACUGGUGGAACAUUUGCAUAAUUUCAUCUUGUUCCGGUUCUCUAUGGGUUUCAUUGACACUAUCAUUGCCAAAUACCUUGCCACUGUGGUUGGUUACUUGGUUGUUAGUCGUCCAUUCUUGAACCUGGCUGAUCCUCGUCAUCAAAAUAGUACUCAUGCAGAACUCUUGGAGGAUUACUACCAAAGUGGAAGAAUGUUACUGAGAAUGUCUCAGGCUUUGGGCAGAAUAGUCCUAGCGGGCCGUGAAAUGACAAGACUGGCUGGAUUCACAGCUCGAAUUACAGAAUUAAUGCAGGUUCUGAAGGACUUGAAUAGUGGCAAAUAUCAGCGUACUAUGGUAUCACAAGAAAAAGAUGCAGAUAAAAAGCAAAUUUUGCCUUUGAUACCUGGAUCUGGAGAAAUUAUCAACGCUGAUAACCUUAUCAAGUUUGAUCAUGUUCCGUUAGUGACACCUAAUGGAGAUGUUUUGAUUCAAGACCUUAACUUUGAGGUUCGAUCUGGUGCAAAUGUUCUGAUUUGUGGGCCAAAUGGGUGUGGGAAGAGCUCACUUUUUCGUGUUCUUGGUGAGUUGUGGCCUUUGUUUGGUGGACGUUUAACAAAACCCGUAAGAGGAAAGCUGUUCUAUGUUCCCCAGAGACCAUACAUGACUCUUGGGACACUCCGAGAUCAAGUUAUAUAUCCAGAUACUGUAGAAGAUCAGAGAAAGAAAGGGAUUUCUGACCAGGUGCUGAAGGAGUACUUGGAUAAUGUCCAGCUGGGUCAAAUUCUGGAACGUGAAGGAGGCUGGGAUAGCGUUCAGGACUGGAUGGAUGUACUCAGCGGGGGAGAAAAGCAGAGAAUGGCUAUGGCAAGAUUAUUUUAUCAUAAGCCUCAGUUUGCAAUUCUGGAUGAAUGCACCAGUGCCGUUAGUGUUGAUGUGGAAGGCUACAUUUACAGCCACUGCCGAAAGGUUGGCAUCACUCUCUUCACUGUCUCCCACAGAAAGUCACUCUGGAAACAUCAUGAUUUUUACUUGCAUAUGGAUGGAAGAGGAAACUACGAGUUCAAGAAAAUAACUGAAGACACAGUUGAAUUUGGAUCUUAAAGUCAUUAACUGAUCUGCUGUAGAGACUGAUGAGUACAGGAAUUGUCUAGAAUGGCAGACGUACAAUAAACCUACUCAGCUUGUUUUUUUAAAGAAAUUAACUAGGAUAACCUAAAACAAGCUGUUAAGCGUUUACUGUUAUGUAGGAUAUUGCUAAUUGUGUAUAUGUUGGUUUAAUUAUUGAUAUGUACUAAGAAUGUCCUUAUUCUUGUGGUUUAAAAACCUGCCUAAAUUAAAUUGGGCUUAAAUCAGUGUAACCUGAUUCAUCCUGGGAUGCAAAGCAUUUGAAAUCAGCUGAUUUGACUUCUGUAGACCUUCUUUCCCUUCAGUGAAAAGCCCUGUUAAAAUUAGGGUUGCUACCUCUCUUGUUCCUGCAAAGCAGUCUUGGAUUUUUGCUCUGUUCUAUGCAUAUUUCUGAGUUUUCUCACACGGUGCAGGACAUUCUCCCAUCUUUGGAUCUGUGCCCUGUUAAAUGAAAGAGCCUUUUCCUUGGCCAGGCCUUGUGAUGCCAAUAGCCCUUGCUGAUAAAGGAUGGACUGAACCUAAAAGGCAAAACUAAUUCUUUCUGCUACAAGUAUUAAGCGUGUUCUUGUCUGGGUUUUGUAUUCUUUUUAUCAUUUGCUUGUCCAUGCAAUACUCUGCUGCUCAGCAAUCCCAUACUCUCACAGUUUAGCAAGAGCUUAAUCCAUCUCCCACCUCAGCUGCCCCUUUUUCUGCCAUAGAAAUACUGUGGUAAUGAAGUACUGAGAGGAGGUUGAGGGAGGAAAGGACUGACCAAGGAAAAGAGGGAAAAAAGAAGGGAAAAGAUGUUCCUUGUAUCAAUCACGUGCGUGUUUUCAGCUCUGAUGGAAUAAAUGGCUCCCACAAGCAGAAACAGAGAAAAGUAUGUGGAUCCGAUGAUUCUUCUCUUGAUAUCAGUAGGGGUUAGGAUGGAUUCAAAAAUGUUGAUCUGUGAAGUAGCAGGCUGUUGUGUUCCGUGUGUGUUUAGUCCUGUAACACAGCAGAAAAUCAUAUCUCAUGGUUUUAGCUGCCUUUCAGAUCUGAAUUUGAAAGCAAGUGGUAAUGGUAGUUCCUGUUUGGUCUUCUAGGCUGCGAAGCCUAAAAUGAUGCUUUCAUCCUUUGCAUUUAUUCUCUUAAUUGCCAUGAGGUUUCUCAAUUUCUGGUGCAAAUUAUUUGCUAGUGAUUCACACUGUUGUUUAAGGAUCAUUAGUCCCUGCUAGUGUUCUUGUUCAAGCUGCCAAAUCUCCUUGAAGAAACCAAAUUCUUCAAAUAUUUUACUGGAAGCGUUUUUUUUCCAUACAAGUGAUUACUGUGGUUGCCAUGCGACUUUAACAAACAUAAAUGCAGCAAGGUUAUUUUAGUGAUUGGGGAAUAGGAAGGUGUGACCCAAACUGAAUUGCUGUUUACAAAUUUAAACAAAAUUUACAAUACCUGUUGUACAGUGAAGGUCUAGUAGUUUUUAAGUGUUCCAUAUAAGAUAUAAUAUAAGAAUGCACUACAUGAAGGCAUGCAUAAAACAUGCAAUAAAUCUGUUCUCUGUGCAUCUUUUAUCAAAGGUUUAAAUUAAAAACAAGAAUAACUUUUUAUAAAAUGGAUAUAUACUUGGAUGCACUGGUGUCUGCUAGUUUUUACCCAGUUUGAUUAGUUGUCAUCUUUCACAUCGCAUUUGCUACCUGUUAGUACUUUUGCGUUGAUGAUUGUACUGACAGGCAUGGGCAAGAACUGCUGUUCUUUCGUAGUACUCAAAUGCAAACGGCUAACCUGGUGUACGAAUCUGGUGACCGCAAUAGAUUCAUAGUAUGAAAUGAAAAUAAAAAAACCUUUCUGAAGUGCAGAGUACCCCAGAGAAUAAGGUACCAGAAGAAAUUUUUAUGCUUGGUCCACGAGAAGGCAAAUGGAUAUCUCAUUUUACUAAUUUUUUUUCUUUUCAUUCAGAUUCUCACGUCAGCCAUAACGUAGCCGGUAGCAGCAUGCUGUAUGUGAAGUGGUAGUCUUUUUUAAUCCAAAAAUAUGGAUGCCAGAUAGCUGCCUUUUUUUUUCGGUGAAAGUUCUCAGCACAAAUGCAAUUUCUUCCCUUGGAAGGGUUGUUUUAGUAGCCUUUUAGAGAGACAAAGAAAAAGAGUCUCCAAAAUGAGAAAGUUGCUAUUAUCCUUGUGAUUAGGGCAGACUUUGCAGUGGAGUAGUGAGCUUGGGAUACUUUAAUGUAUUUUUAACACUGACAAGCAAACCCCCACACAACACACUUAUAUAGCACCCCAACAGCCAGUCCCAAGGUACUUUACAAUUCUAUUGGUCAAUAACAGAAUUUUGUGUAAUCUCAGAUCUCUUUUACAAACUUAAACAAAGAAAAAUUUAAAAUCCAACUGCAUAACCAAGGAGGGAUAGGUUUGCCUUUAGAUGCCGUGAAUUUCGUUGAAACUGAGGUUACUAGUGUUGUCGUGGGGCCAGGACUUAGUGUUUCUGAAUAUACUGGAAAGAAAGAAAAAUACUCUUCUGCACUUGAUUGUAAGAGAGCCUUGUAAAGAAAGUAUAAAAAAGAAUGACUUUGUGGAAUGAUUUUCUUAAAAGGCCUUACAUUAAAGUAUUUUGUGAUAGACUUGGUCUAAUGAAAGAUUGUUAAAAAAAAAAUUCUGAUUAAAAUGAUCCAAGUCUUAGUUCUGUUGGAGAAUUGCACUGUGAUACUGUAUUUUAGCUGUUAGGUCUUUUUAAUAGCACAAGCUGGAAGUUUGUAAAUUGGAAUGCUGAACUAUCUUAGUAAGACAAAGUAAUGAUGGAUAUUUUCAGUCUCAAACUGUUGGUGCUUUGAAAAUGGUACUGGUAAUAGUCAGAUGCCUGCAUUUCAACAGUGGUGGGAAACAUUCCUGUAUGUAAAUACUGUAAAGUGCUCUGGAGGGGGUGAUGGCGCUAUAUAAAUGUAAGACAUUAAGUGCCUCUGAAAUAAUAAUAAUAAAUCUGAAGUUAAAAUAUAA